CGCAGUCUUAUGCGCAACUACAAACAGUAAUAGGCGGUCAGAAAAUUCCUGAUUUGUGUUUCAGCCUCGUUUUGGAUUCUACUAGAAAAUCAUGUAAUGUGAUGUGUCUAGUUAGGUCUGUGUGAAAUAUCAGCUGAUUAUCUGUUUUUAGAAUCAUUUCAGCCAGUGACACAGAAAAGUUGCGUACAUGCUAGCUCUCAUAACAUUCAUGACAAUGACUACUUGUCAAAAAAGUGGGUUAUGUCAAGUUAAUUGAUUCUUAAUUGGGUAAACAUAAACGAGACUGAUUCUCAUUGGUUUAAACUAGUUUGUUAAAAGAUUAAGUGAUUUAAACUUUCAAUACAAUAACAGUUAUGCAGAUGUUUUUAUCACCUAAUCAAAUGAGAAAGCCUUUGUCAAAGUUGGAGGCUUGACAAAGUUUUAAGUGCUGAUAUUAAUUUACUAUAGUGGGUUACACAAUUACACUUGAAAAGCAACGCUUUAAGUGUGUAGGUAGAAGGUCACGGUAUAAUUACAGUAUCAUCACCCAAAUAUUUGGUACUCUAUUCAAGUUACAUUCUUUCGAAAAGGAAUGUGACACAACCUAAGAGUUUCGAAACAGAUAUCAAUCUGAAUAAUUUAUGUGUCUGACUUCAAUAAAAAAUUAGAUAGUAGGAAAAGUUGGUGAAAAGGCAGAUAGAAGGAGUUAAAAAAGUGAAUUAUUUUUACUGUAAAUUUGACUGUUGGUGGGACAGAAUAAACAGCAUAAAUGUAUGACCGGCCAUGUCAAUAUCUAAAAAGGGCAAUAAAGGAAAAGGAAAUGAUGCUGUAGCUUCAAGACUUGCAGACUUUACUGGAGAAAAAGAAAUCCCUAUCGCUGGUCAUAGCAAAAUGUCGUCAUUAGAACAGGAGGAUGCAAAUUCAGGCCCAGAAUGUGACCCUAGUGUAAAUGACCUUGCAAAUUCACUGGAAUCUUCUUCUUUGAUCUACUCUCGAGAAACUGGAAAGGAUAAAAAGAGUGGCGGGGCUUGUGCAAAUCCGGCAGCCAGCCAACAGCCAAGCAAUCUUGUCAAGACGGUUUACCUGCAGAUGCCAGGACAGAGGCAACCAAAACAGAUUAGUCGUAGAAACCCACUCAAAGCUGAUCUCGAUGUUGGGAAAGUGUUUAAGAAAUGUAAAGAAGAUCAAUCCACUAGGUUAGAUCUGAGUAAAUCACAGAUUACUGUGAUACUACCAACUGUGAAAGAACUGGUUCACCUGAAGGAGUUAUAUCUCUACGGCAACAAGAUUGUCCAGUUGCCAAUAGAGAUCGGCUGCCUGGUAAACCUAGAGACAUUUGCAUUGAAUGAAAACUCUCUCACAAAUCUACCAGAUACAAUGGAAGAUUUGAAGAAGCUGAGAUUGCUGGAUCUGAGGCAUAAUAGACUCACAGAGAUUCCUGAAGUGGUGUACCAGCUGAGAUCUCUGACUACACUGUUGAUUAGGUUUAACAGGAUUAGAACGGUCGGCGAUGGCAUUAGGAAUCUUACAAAUUUAACAAUGUUCACAUUAAGAGAGAACAAGAUACGUGAAUUACCAAAGGGCAUUGGCUGCUUAGUGCAUCUAAGUACAUUUGAUGUCUCUCACAAUCAUUUGGAGCAUUUACCUACAGAGAUAGGAAAUUGUGUGAUGUUAAGUUCUUUAGAUCUCCAGCAUAAUGAGCUUUUAGAUAUUCCUGACUCUAUAGGCAAUCUCCGAUCCUUGACAAGGUUAGGUCUAAGGUAUAAUAGAUUGACGUGUGUUCCAGCAUCAUUAGCUAACUGUACACUGAUGGAUGAAUUCAACGUAGAAGGAAAUAAUAUAUCAACAUUGCCUGAGGGUUUGUUGUCGAGUUUAACAAGUUUGAAGUCAUUCACUGUACCAAGGAAUGCAUUUCAGUCAUAUCCUACUGGAGGACCGUCACAGUUUGUCUCAGUUGAGUCAAUCAACAUGGAGCACAACCAGAUAAACAAGGUUCCAUAUGGGAUAUUUUCUGCAGCUAAAUGUCUCUCCAAGUUAAACAUGAAAGAUAAUCAGCUCACCUCACUACCUCUAGAUAUUGGCCAGUGGACGAACAUGGUGGAACUUAAUCUAGGAACCAAUCAGCUCACUCGUAUACCUGAUGAUAUCCAGAAUUUAGAAAAAUUAGAAAACCUUAUACUUAGUAAUAACUCAUUAAAGAGAUUACCUGCAAGCAUAGGAAACUUGAAAAAACUACAAGUGCUAGAUUUAGAAGAAAACAAAUUAGAAUCCCUCCCACAAGAAAUAGGUCAGUUACGAGAAUUACGGCGUCUAGUGGUACAAACAAAUCAACUUACGUCAUUACCAAGAGCUAUAGGGUGUUUAAGUAAUUUACAAUAUUUAGGUGCUGGAGAAAAUCAUCUCACUUCCAUACCAACAGAAAUAGGUGCUCUAGAAAGUUUAGAAUCCUUGUAUAUAAAUGACAAUGCCGAGUUACAUUCGCUACCGUAUGAGCUAGCACUGUGUUACAAUCUGCAAAUUAUGAGUAUUGAAAACUGUCCUCUCAGUCAGCUACCCCCAGAAAUAGUGGCACGAGGCCCAUCAUUAGUGAUACAGUUCUUAAAAAUGAAUGGCCAGUACUGCAACAUGUGAAAGAAGUAUAUAUUCAGGAGGGGUGAAAGGACAUGAUUGUUGCUAUAGCAACUAUAAACAUUGUUGCUAAGAUACAAGUUUGUGAUAUCAUGGGGUUUUGUAGUGAUGUCCAUUCAGCAUUCAGACCAGCAUAGUUGUUUUGUGGAAGUAUGCUGGUAUCCGGUGAUUUUAAGAAAGAGAUUCAUGGGGUAUUUUUGUUUUCGUACUUUGAAAAUGGAACAGUUUUUCUGAAAUGUGAUGUCCAUUAUGGGCGAAGCUACAUUCUGUGUGCGUGUGUGCCAAAUAGUGCUACCCGAUUGAAGAUCGUAGAUAUUGCUUUAGCAACAUCAAACAGACAAUGCUUCAAUUAAAAGUGCAAUGUUGGUGAUAUAUUGAUAUAUUCUUUGACUACCCACAGCUCGGGGAGUUUUUAAAUGCAGAUAUGUCAUUUUUAGACAGAACAGAAAAUUGAAACAGACUUUAGCUGCGGAAAUGGGUAUUUAUAGUCUGUUUCAAUAAAUUGAUAUUCCUUUUCUUUAAUGUGAAAAAAAGCUACAUAGUAGUGUUAUGUUUAUUGAUAAUGGUAUUACAGGGGUGUAUUACAAUGUAUGUUGUAAAUCUGUGUUAGAAAUAUGUUAUUUGAAACUUAUGAGAUUUUCCAGGGUGCGCACAGACUUGGAAAACAAAUUUUCGAGAAAAAAGUGACAAGAAAACUGCCGAUUUUGUCACGGAAAAUUGUCAGGGAAAUAGUCUGAUUAGCCUUAAAUUUGAAAAUACCUCCUUCAAAAUUAUUGUAGAUGGUAAAAAUAAACAAGCAGCAUCUUGAACUAUUUCUUCAAAAAAUGCUGAUUAUGCAAUUUUCAAUGCGAUACAAAAUAGGAUGUGUACAAAUUUAUUUUUGAGAUAAUUUUCGAGGGUAAUGAAUUGAACAAUGCACUGUUUCCAGUAAUUCAAAGCACUUACUUUUAGCUUUCUUCCUGAAAAAUAUCAUGGACUUUUGGCAGCGUAAGUCUGUGCGAAUCCUACUUUCCCUGUAUAGAGAGUAUAGGUAUUAUACAAAAAUAUGCCAUCUUAGUUUUCUCAUUAGUUUUGAAAUAUUCUUGAAAUAAUUUUGAAAUUCCAUUGUGAGAGAAGUAUUUUGUGAAAUAUGCUGUAAAUAUUUAGGCAGAUUUGUUUGAUAUUGGAACAGGAUGAUCCUGUUUGGCGUAUUCAUAAUCAGGUUAAAGGGACUGGCAAAAAGUUUAUGUUUCUGUUUUCUUAACCCUUAUGCUGCUAAAUUUCUAUAAUGAACUUGUCCAUCUUUCAAUUUGGACAGUACUAUUAACACUGGUCGCGAAGGCAGAAACAAACUAUCGUGCCCGGCAUGAUAAGGGUUAAGAUUAAUAGAAAAAGUGGGGUAUCACUGAAAUAGCAUUUAUAUAUUUUUGUUAAAGCCUGCAGAUAUAUACUGUUUGAUUAAAGUUUUUUGUUCCAAAUGUAAGUAAAUUAACCUUUAGCCUGCAGGCAGCAAGUGAUUCUGCCUUUGCGACUAGUGCAGACCAAGAUCAGCUUGCACAUCCGUGCAGGCUGAACAUGGUCUGCACUGUUCGCUAUUUAGUCAGUAAAUUUUCAGUAAACACCCCUUCAAAUGAUGAAUGGUACUGCCCAAAUUGAAUGAUGGACAAGUCCAUUAUAGAAAUUUAGUAGGGUAAAGGUUAAAGAAAAAUGGAAUAACAUUAUAAAAAAAAAAAACUUUUAUACAUUUUUGCAGAAUGUUUACCUUUUAGUUUAGGUAAUCCAAUGGUAAUGGUCAGCAUUUCUUCAUUUCCGCUUUAGUUUGGUUUAUUCUACCCAUAAUGCACAUAACACAUUAAAUAUUGCAUUGAAAACUGUAUUGAAUAUUUAAAUGUUAGAUUUAUAUGAUAAUCAGCUGAAAAGUAUGGAGAAACAUAAAUGGAGAGGUUGUUAUAUCAUACAAGUGUUGUGUGAGUUUAGAACAUUGCAAGCUUUUCUCGAAAUACAUCCAAAUAUAUUCAUCUGGCCCUGUAAAAGCAAACAUGCACUUUAAAAUGUUUAGUGUUAUCUGUAGCAAGUGAUUCAGUUAGUUAAAGGACAAUUCUAGCAAGACACUUACGACUAAUUGUAAACGGAUUGAGUAUUUUGUUUUCUGAAAAUGUGUGUGCCGAUGGGAGCUAUAGGGCAAACAUUUAUGCCCCCAAGCCAAUGGCCCCUGGCACAGCCUGAAAUGAACACUGGCUAUAAUAAAAUUUAAAUUUGUUAUAAAUUGUAAUAGAAGAGCUCUGUUAAUAAGUUUUGCCAAGUUAUGUCUCUCCUUCGACUUAGAAACUUUCGAAUAAGCUAGCAUGCUGUCUUGAAGACAGCUCUUGCUCUGAUAAUUCUUGUUUUCUGCUUAACCUUUAGCCUGCUGGCUGCAAGGGAUCUGCCUUUGCAGCCUGCACAUCCAUGCAGGCUGAUCAUGGUCUGCACUGUUCACUGUUCGGUCAGUAAAUUUUCAGUGAACACCCCUUCAAAUAAUAAAUGGUACUGCCGAAACUGAAUGACAGCGGAGUCCAUUUUAGAAAAUUGAGCAGGUUAAAGGUUAUUGGAAAGGCAUUCUUUAUUUGUCUAUAAUGUUUUUGAUUUUUUGAUGCAAUAAAAUGUUGAUGUCAAAGUUAUAAACAGAAUUUGAGAUUUUAUGCUAGAAGGAAGAAUUCUGGGGCAGAAUCUGGUUUUUUUGCGGAGCUGAUACAGGGCUGAUGAUUGCAAGUGGCCUAGAUUGAUGUCAGUCUAGUUAUAAAUAACAUGCUUUAUUUGCAUAUGUUAGACACACUUUAGUCUGGAUCAGAAGAACAUCAUACCUGUAACUGCAGCUCAAAUUUGAGAACUUGUAUAUAACAUUGUCCUGAUUCCAUUUCAUUGUGCCAUAUUGUUAUUAAAGGGGAAUAUGCUAUAUUUGAAAACUAUUUUAUCCAAUUGUUGUCAGAAGACCCGUGGACAUAUAGUGUUUGAACUCUCUGUCCACCCAUCCAUUACACUCAUUUGUGUACUCUUCUCAACUAAAUCAAUUUCCUUCAAGUUCAAAUGGAACUUGGUAAAUAACAUCAUCAACAUGAAGUGGACAUGAGCAUAUUGUAGGGACUUUAUGACCUUUUGUUGUUUCUUGUGUCAUAGCCCUUUCUGGGACUUUGAAAUAUUAUAACUAACCAUGUUAGAACAUUGUAUUCAACUCUUCUUAAGGUUUCCAUCCAAAUCAAAUGACACUUGAUAUAUAUUAUCAGCAUGAAGGGGACAUGAGAAUAUCUUGGAACUUAGAAGCUUUAUGUUUUUUCUGGAGUUAUUGCCCUUCUUUGCCCUUCCUUUUAAUUUGAAAUGUAACAGUGAUGUGAGAAAUUUUAAGUACUCAACUGUUCCUACAGUUUUCAUCCAAAUCAAAUGGAACAUGGUUGAUAUCAUCCCCAUGAAGAGGGCAUUUGUAUAUUUUAAGGAAUUUCUUAACCAAUCAUUUUUGAGUAAUGGCCCUUUUGUGGAGGUUGUACUACUACAACUUUUUCAGAACAUUGUGUACUCGGCUAUUACAUCGAUUACCAUCUUGCAUUUUCAGAGGGCUUGUAUCAUACAUAUUUGACAUUCUCGAUUUAAUGAGGAGUAAAUUGGUAAAACGUUAAAACUGGCAUAUUUUUUUAUGAAUAAUGGACUACAAACAAGAAAAACACUAGACAGUUAAUGAAUCAUCAGCCAUUCUGGGCAUAGUGUUGUCCUACUUUCGGUAGAUGGGCAUGACCAUAUAUGGUGAAUCUGUGAAUAACAACUAAGAUUUUCAUAUUUUGUUGGCCUUUGCAGUGCUAUAAAAUAUAUAAAUGUUAGUUUCGGUGAAAAACUGUAUACCUUAAAUUACAAUUCUCGAUUAUUACAUGUGACAUAAUUUUACCCCAAAUACUAUAUUUGGCCAUGCCCAUAUAUACUAAAAGGAAGAAAUGAUAACAUCUCUGUGCCGGAAAUGGCAGCCAUUUAAAUACACAGAUAAUAUCUAAAUGGCUAUGUCUUUUUUUCGUAUAUGAUUUCAUGAUUUUUUCCACAACACUUUCUAAAUAGAAAUAUUGCGAAAUGUUGCAUAAUCCCCGCAAAGGAUGAGAAAGAAAAUGAAAGAAAUAAUUGUGAACAUAUUUGUGUUUUCUUUCAGAAAAGCAAAGACAAAAUGAUUUUGGUUGACAGAGAUUUUGUGAUGAAUAUAUUUUCAAACAAUGCAACAUGUAUGCUUUCAUUUUGAUGGAAUCUCUGCUAUCUAGUUUUACUUUAUCAAACAGAAUGGCUGGUACUACCAGAAUUAAAGAAAAAAAACCCUUAUCAUGCUUGACAUGAGUGAUUCUGCCUUUGCGACCAGUGUAGAUCAUGAUCUGCACUGUUUGCCAUUAUGUCAGUAUCUUUUUGGUAAGCCCCCCUUUUAACAGCUAAUGGUAUUGUCCAAAUUAAAAGAUGGACAAGUUCAUUAUAGAAAUUUAGCAUGGUAAGGAUUAAGAUGAAUCACUUGUUAAACAUUCAAGUAAAUGGCUCCGAAGAUCAGGUUUGAAUGUGAUUCCCUUUCAUUGCAUUGUUUGUUAACUUUGUGAGCUGUUUUCUAAAUCUAGUAAAGUAUUAAAAUGAUACACUUUCAUGCUAUCUAAACUGGUUUAACAUACUGCUUUAUAUUUUUGUUUAUUAUUUAUGCAAAAGUUGUUACUCUGUUGAGAUGUGUGUUUUGUCUUAAAUGUUGUUGUGAUUUGCAAGUGCUUUCUUGAUAAAAGACAGUAUGUAGUCCUUAAUGUUGAAAGAUUUAUUAUACCUACAAACAAAUCAGAAGAGUUUAAGAGACAUUUCUUAUGCUCCCCAAAGGGGCAGCAUGUAGUCGCUGCUGUGUUUGUCUGUCUCGCAAUUCUUUGUUCGGAGUAUUUCUCCACAACCACGGUUUGGAAUAUAGUGAAACUUAAUAGGAAACUGAAGAGGAGAUAUGCAUAUUGUCUUUGAGUUAUUGCCGUAUGAUUAUUCAACAUUAAUAUACUAUUGUACAAUGUCUUGUCCAGAAUAUUCCUCAGCAACCACUGACUGGAAUUCACUGAAACUUCAUAGGAAGCUUCGCUCCUAAGAGAAGAAUGCGCUUCCAAAUUUAAUGUUCUGGUUGGAUGAUUGUUCAAUGAUAUAAUUAUUGCCCUUUGCUUUUUGAACUUUAGUGAACUGCAUGUGCCCAGUCAGCAAAUUCCACUUUUGUUCUUAUUCUUAUUAUCUUCACAUGCAAUAAUCAUAUUUCGGGAAGCAUCCAUUGGUUUUACUGAUAUUUCUUGUUAUUCCGUCAGUACUCGUACAUUUUUUCACAAAAUUGUGUAAAAGGUUAUUUUUCAGCAACUCAUAAAUCUAUCAUUUUCUUUUGCAUUGUUUGCAUCUGGUUGUUUAUAGACAGUCCCAUGUUGAAAUUAGCAAAAUGAUGAUAUCACAGUGACCUUCAGAAUCUCUGCUGUAUAUAGCAUAUCGUUAUAUAUCCUAAAAGUAGCCAUAUUUGACAACCUUUAAAUCGAUGUAAUUUGGUAACUUUCUGUAAAUUAGCUAUAAAUCAGUGUAAGGUAACUUUCUCUUAAAUAACCCAUAAAUAAGUGUAAUUUUAGGACGGUAAUCACAGAUCUAUGUAAUUGGUUAAAUUUUUUGGAAAUAGCCAUGAAUUCAACGAACAUUUUUCUUGAUAUUACCAAAAAGUAGUCAUACAUGAUUGUAAUUUGGCAACAUUGUUAAAGUAGCCAUGAAUCAUUGUAAUUAAUGUAGUCAAGAAUCUGUUUAACUUUUUUUUAAAUUCUCAAACGAAAAGCUGUGAAUUGGUGUAAUUUGUCAUAAAUCAGUGUAUUUUCUUAUAUUUCCUGAAUCAAUGUAGCCAAGUAAUUCCAUGAAAAUAGCCUUGAAUCAGUAUACAGUAAUUUGUUUAAUUCUUUGAAACUAGCCACAAAGCUGUAAUACAUUAUAUUUACUGAAAGGAGUUGUUAAAUCAGUGUGAUUGCUAGAAUCCUUGAAUGAAAACAGUUGCCUAGAAACGGUAGUGUCAGUGUUUGUAUACGUGAUUGUUGUAUAGGAUUGGCUUUAAUUUUAGCUUGUGUUUUAGUGUCGUUAUUUAUUAUUUUUACAAGGUUAAAAUAUACUAUUUGAGCCGCGUCAUGAGAAAAUCAACAUAGUGGGUUUGCGACCAGCAUGGAUCCAGACCUGGUCAGGAUCCAUGCUGUUCGCUAACAAUUUCUCUAAUUGCUGUAGGCUUUAAAAGCAAACAGCAUGGAUCCUGACCAGACUGCGCAGAUGCGCAGGCUGGUCUGGAUCCAUGCUGGUCGCAAACCCACUAUGUUGAUUUUCUCAUGGCGCGGCUCAUUUUGUUUUGCUUUUUAUUGUUGGAAUUGUUUUUAUAGUUUUGACAAAAAGUGUUCAUAUAAAUAUCCUUUUCAUGAGUUUUUAAUGGUCAAAGUGUACAAGUUGUAGAAAAGAAUAAUAUAAAUUGUUACAUUUCUGUGCUAAAUUUGUUGACAAAGCUGUAUUCUACACAGUUUGUUGUUUGUAAAUAUUGUGUAAAAUGUCAACUGUCGGAUUGGUACUGUUCCCAUGGGAAUUGUCAGAUAGGCAGUUCUUGCAUAUAAUUGUGAAAUCAGUUAAUUUUCCUGGGAACUGUAAAAUUGAUACUAUGUCCUUGUAAAUGUAAACUAAGUAUUGUUCCCUGGGGACUAACAAAUUGACACUGUUCAGGAACUGUCAAAUUUACACUGUUCAAAUGCAACUGUCUAAUUGGUACUAUUUACAGGGAACUGUCAAAUUGAAAUAGUUCCCAGGUAACUGUCAGAUUAACUCUGUUCCCUUAAUACUGAAAAAAAGAGAAUGGAAUGCAGGUAUUACUGAGUCAAUUUUGGACAUUUUUGAAGUUUUGAUUUUUGAUGUUGAAUAUGUACAAUGCCCAUUUCUCACUAAAAUGUUUUGCCAUUUAAUAUUGAUUAAAGUCUGAAAAAUCCUUUUGAGAUGGAUUUAAUGUAGCAAAAUAUAUAAACUAACUAUAUGUAAAGCUGCAAUGCAAUUAAUGUAAAACAUAAUAAAUGCCAUUUUGGCAUAACAAUUUUUAGUAUGUAUUAUAAAUUCUAACAUGGCCCUUUGUUUUUUCUUUGGUUAGUUUAACAAAGAGAAUGUAAAUUUUGUGAUAAGCAGUAUCUGAUAUACAGACUGGUGGGAGAACAGUAAUAGACUUCAGUUACUGAAAAAGAAGAAAUUUUCGCAAGUUUUUAAUUUUCGCUAUAUUCUUAAGGCACUACAUCUCUCGAAAAUUAAUCUUUGCAUAAAUAUUUACCAUUUGUAUAAUCCAAAUUCAAGUAUACUAUUUUUGCAACUGCGUGAAUAUUAAACCUCCCGAACAUACUCAAAAUUUAAAAUUUGCGAAAUUUUGACCCAGCGAAAAUAUAUUCUUUUACAGUAUGAUGUCAGGUAGCCUCAUGACAUCCAAUGCAUUACUUCUCGGAUGAAUCAAGUGCUGAAUAUUUUUUACCAUAAUGUUUUAAUGAAAAUGUUAGAAUGAAAAUAACCAUUACCUUCUUGUGGUUUAUCAUAUAAUUUACCACAGUAUAUCUUUCAAAUACGUGGAUAUUUAACCACUUAGGCUAACCCCCUUGUGGUUCUACUUCUGCACAUCUGAACUCUGAACCAUGGUUAAUCACAGACAGUAAACAAUAUGAUGGUCUUUAUUAAUCGAUAAUCAGACAUAUAGUACGGAUUAUUCAAGCAAAAAAAAAAGUUAUUUUACCGUAUGUCUAUAUAGAUAUUGUGUACUUACUGUUCACAAACUUUCAUAUAUGAAAUUUGGGCAUGAUAUAUAUUUAACAUUUUAUACUCUUAAAGAUUAGGGAGGAAAAUUAAUUAGAAAUUACAGUUUUCUCCAAAUUUUUCUUGGAUCAGUAUAUAAUUUUAAUGUGUAUUAGGAAUGUACAAGGAAGUCAGUUUUGUACAGGUUUUUUUUGUACAAUUGGUGCAGUUCAUUACAAAUGCUCCUAGAGGCGUUGAACUGAAUGGAGCAUAUAUACAUUCGCUAUAUAUAAUUGACCAUAGCAUAUUUUUAAUUGACUAUUUACCAUACUUAACCUAAUAUGUGCAUCUUUAAAAAAAAUAUAUAGAUGUUGAAUAAUUUUAAUAUUUCUUACAAUUCUUGAUAUUAUUGAUAGAAUAGUAUAUUAAUGUGUUUGAAAUAAAAUGUCAGCUUUUACUAAUAUGUUUAUAAUAAAUGGUGUUACACAUAUUAGGUUAAAUGUGGUAGAUAUUUUACAAUGUUUCUAUCACGUUGUUGUUGUUGUCACAUCUGGACUGGUGUCUGGUCACAGAUUGAUUCAAUAAAGAAAUGCCUUUUA